CUGAAAGCUAUCAGGCAUUGUCAGGGCGUGUACAUGUGUGUAGUCAUAUUGAGACGACUAUUUCAUCGAAUAUCUAGAGGGACAUCGCAUCCAUCGCGUAUCAGACAACUGCGUGACUGAGUCAACAAACCGAAGCUCAGAAGCCAAUGCUGUUUAAACAGUGUGCCCAGCGCUCACUGCAGCCCCAGACUCUGAGGCUCGUACGCCGGAAAUAGGCACAAGAGCCCCGAAGGAAUCACAAAGACCUCCUUCAAGACCAUGCACAUCUUGUGGGUUUUGCUGACCGUCCCAGCAGUUGUAACCACCGUCCAAGGGCAGCGGCCGCUCGCCUGUGACAGUGUGGGGGAUGGCAGUCCCGUCUGCAGCUGCAGGUCCGGACGCGUCUCCUGUGAAGACGCCGACUUGACGGACGUACCGACCGACAUUCCACCCGACACCGGCACCCUGGAACUAUCCGGAAACAAGAUUACGUCACUUCCGGCAUUAGUCUUCGAUGGUCUGCCUGAAGUAACCACUCUUGACCUUUCCGAUAAUGAGAUUGCCUCUAUAGAGGUUGGGGCGUUUGAUGGGUUAGGCGGCAGCCUGGAAAAACUUUACCUAAACAACAAUGAGCUAGUGAGUUUGGAAGGGGGGAUAUUUAGAAAUCUGACAACUCUAGAAUUCCUGUAUCUCAAGGACAAUAAGAUAUCGACCGUAAGUUCCGGUGUCUUUAGUGGAUUGUCAAGUCUAAUCCAAAUCUUCUUUGAUGGAAACAGAAUUUCUAGUUUUCCCACUGGUGCCCUUUCUGGCGCGCCGGAAUUGCGUGCCAUACAACUACCCAGGAACCGUAUAACGAGGUUAGAUAGCGUCCUGCCCUCACUGCCGUCCCGUACGGUAAAUAUAGAUCUCAGUGAGAACAAUUUAGAAAACCUGCAACCAGCAGCGUUUAACGGUUUUCCACGCCUUUCGACUCUCACUCUGAAAUCUUGCAACAUCUCAUCUCUACCUCCGAAUGCUUUCCCUAAUACCCUGAUGUUUCUCUACUUGGACAACAACAAUUUGGUUGAGCUUAAGAAUAACAGUUUUGGUACCCAUCCUUCUCUGGCCAUCGUCAGCUUCAUCAACAACAAAAUCACAACAAUAGAGGCUGGACUUUUUAGCAGGCUCCCAAGACUAGGAAACAUUGCGCUCCAGUCGAACAAGCUAGCCUCCUUGCCGCCUGGCAUAUUCGACAACCUUUCUAAUGUACGAGAACUUCGACUAGAAAAUAACAAACUCGAAAGUCUGGAUGAUCCUAACAUCUUUAAGGAUCUUCAGAGCGCCUGGUUCAUAUAUCUUCAAGACAACAACCUCAAAAGUCUUCCUUCUGGCGUCUUUAGCGAAGCAAACCUGGAGAAUCUUAAGAUCCUGGUUCUCGACAACAAUGCCAUUACUCAAAUUGAAAACGGUACCUUUGACAAUCUUCCUAGCAUACAAUCCAUCUAUGUGCAGCAAAAUCCAAUUGAGGAAGUAGGUUGUGGAAUGGCCCCUCCGAAAGCUAUGUCUCCGUCGCUAAGAAAGGUGUAUAUAUCGUGCACAUGCCACCUAAAACCUUUGUAUGAUUGUCCCAACUUCAACUGGCUUGGUGCGAAGACCGUGUGUCAGUCUCCGCUAUCGCUCUGGCGCGUAGCUCUGAAUGAAACCACGCCUGAUCGCUUGGUUUGCGCCGGUGCGGGUGUUAACGGUACAAACUGGAUCGCUUUGGUCGUCCUUUUGUUGUCGUCUGGCCUCUUUAUGACGACCUAAGGUGGUGAUAUCAGUUCCAAUACUGUAGCACUGUGGAAAUAUGCCAUGGUACAAAUUGCAAUCUGGCAGAAUCGCAGAUUCGACCGGUAGAGAUCCCGAUCACAGGCUCUGUCGUCAGUGUUACCCUCAACGUAGAGGUUUGGUUCGCCCUAGGCGCGAGGCUUAAAAAUGUGGUACAAAAUAGAAACCCCGAUAAAAACGCAUAAAAAAAUUUAAAAAACAGCCGGAGCCGAACCUCUGCUUGGAGACUAGUCAGUGUUAGGAUGGUGUCGUUUUUGUAUAUCCUAAAAUUUCAAGUCAAUCCAUAUUGAUCUGGAGUGAAUUGGACCGCGGUUUAAAACUUCUGACGGUCUUUUAAAGGAGUUUAUUCAAAUUUAAAGACUCAGAUAGAUCUGGCUCCCUACCAGCAGAAUUGGUGAUUUUACCAGAUUUAGACAUCUCCACUGUGUACUAGAAAUCAAAUGCUGCGCUGAACUAUCGCAAUAUGAUUUAUUGAACUAAACUUGAUGUGAUUUCUCUGCUAUGUGGAACAGACAAGCAAGCAAACAACCAAAGAAAGAAAUGAAUAAAUGAACUGACGAACAAGAACUUUUUCAACUUGCCAACCUGACAGUGGUAUUGCUGUAGCAAUGUAGAUAGAUGCUAAUACAAAUGUAUACAAUGAGUAGUUAUCUUUACUUACUUAUUACUCACUACCCAGUAUAGAAGUCACCCAAACCAACUUGUUUGGUCAAAAAAUGGUUGUAAGGUUAUACACAACAUAUAUUCUUCUUGUUUAGAUUCAUGUAAACUUUUGUUUUGUGUUGUACCAACACAAAUGAACUUGUAUACU